UAAAAGAAAAAAAGAAUACGAUUAUGAACGUGUAACUAAAAAACAUCGAAAAAACAAAUCAUCAUCAUCACAACAACCACCAUCGCCAUCACAACAACCACCAUCGCCAUCACAACAACCACCAUCACCAUCACAACAACCACCAUCGCUAUCACAACAACCAUCAUCGCCAUCACAACAGCCACCAUCACCAUCACAACAACCAUUAUGUGAUAAUUAUGACAAUGGCAGUGGUGAUGGCGAUAACAAUAUAGCAGUAACAACAAAUGUAUAG